AUGAAGCUCGCCGUGCCUUUUAUGAUCCUGGGACAGUCCCUCUUCGGAUGUGCGCUAGCUUCGCCAUGGUUUGGCACGAAAUACCUUGCGCUAUUUGAGUCAACCAUAGUGCCAGGAUUCACCACGAGCUACUAUACAGAUGAUCCUAUAGUCAGAACCCGCACCGAUGUCAUCACCCCGACUGUAACAAACCCCCCAGUUCUCAGCACCGUCACCAAUGUGAAGACAAACUACGGCGACGUCACAGCAAUCGAGCUUUUCAUCGACCCUACUGCCGGCAUCCGGAAAACAGAAGACGAUCUACUUGCCCAUUAUGCCACGGUCACCUAUACCGCACCAUCGUCCUGUUCCUAUACAACAAGCCAGACUCUGAUAACAGUAAUCCCAAUCGCAGUCCCGAGCGCUGCAAGAGAUCUUGUUCGCCCCAGUGUCAUCACAGCUACCAUCAAAUUCGAUGGCAUCGAGUCCAGCUACACACGCACCUGGGCGAUGCUGCAACCGUCCGAAAUCCCCAUCAGUGCCUUCUCCUCCGCGAGUUCUUUAUACAUGCCAGCAAAGUAUAGCACUUGCAACAGCUAUUACAGCUCCGACCGCGGUACCUCCCAUGGUGACAGCAGUGAUGGUCGUUAUUCAGGCUGCAAAAAGUUCACUUGGUACAUCAACGCAUCUGCAUUCUCGGGUGGAUACUGUUGCUCAGAUGGAUGUCAUUACACAUGGGGAAUCUCACCUCCGGGCCUAGGUCUUGCAGUCUUUUUCUCAUGGUUUGGACUGUUCAUCAUCAUCGGCUUGAUCGAGAGUUGGGUCACGUUUCGGCGGGCUAUGCUAGGACGGGAAGCUCGUCGUGGUCUACCUUACGGCUUCGCCUUUCUGUGUCCGGCCUUAUCUUGUGUAUUCCUUUUUACAGUCAAGAAAUACCCCGCGAAGUCAGCACAGGAGCAGGCCGUCCUUGUUGGGAAGUGGAAAGAUAUGUCAGGUGGCGCAAAGGUUGCGAUGUGGCUGAAGUAUCUCUUCCGACGCAAGGACCCUGCCGUCAUCGCGCUUGGUCGUGGUGCCCCUGUUGCUUAA